AUGGGCUCUUUGUGCCUCGUUUUCUCAAAUUUCAUCAUUCUAUACCAAAUGGUAGCUGGAAAAUUCUUCUUCAUUACAUUUCGAUUUGUUAUUGCGAUAAAAAUUUAUGGCUGA